AUGAAUGGAAGUGAGCAGGGAUGUCAAUAUGUAAGGCAUCUAGUGGAUAGUAUAGUGAAAAGAAAAAUCCAUAAAGUUGACAAAUGUGGAAGAUCAUGUAAAGAUAGUGCUGGAUGUCUCAGUACAAUAAAGCAGAAACGUACCGAUCAAAGUGAAAAACAACUUGAAAAUAAUGUGAAAGGUGGGAAAUGGACUGAAAAAGUAUUUCAUAAAUUUCUCAUUAACUUAAAUAUGCAAUCAAUAGUUAUAUCUUUUGCAUUGUCUGUCUUGUUGGCACAUUUCGGGACUAUUUGUAAAUCGAAUAUUCGCUUACGACAGCAAGAAUCACUUCCACCAAUACCUUUUUUUCCACUGAGCUCAAGGAAUUAUCUUAUCGAUUACUAUACCGGUGAUGACGCAAAACCAGAAAAGUUGUUACAUUACUCUGAAAUUGUAAUCGUUAUGUAUUAUGCACCAUGGAGCAGAAAAUGCAUUCAAACACGUUCAGUUUUCGAGAGUGUUGCAAGAAGUUUCAGCAAGUUUUCUGAUGUGUCAUUUGCUGCUGUUAAUUGUUUCUUCCAUCGUGGGGAAUGUAGGCAGUCUUACACAUCACAUACAUAUCCGAUCAUUAUUGCUUAUAUUGGGAAGCAAAAUUUAAUGUACACUGGUGUAUUAGCAGCAGAUUAUAUUUACAGGUGGAUAUCACAUUUACGCAAACCUGUUCGUCGGCUUGUUACUUCAUUUGAUGUAAUAAAUUUUCUGGCUGAAUUUGAUAAUACCGUCACUGCUUUCUUUGAUAUGGAGGUGGCAUUUGCUAGUUCAUAUGGGUUCCGGCAAUAUAUUAAAGCAGCACUUAUGGUUUUACAGCGUCAUGAUUUUUUGGAUAAAAUUGGUUUUGCUGUGGUAACUAAUUCAAGUAUGGCAAUGACAUUUAGCUCUUCCCCAAAAACUUGGAUUCAGUUCACAUCUUGGAAUUAUACUAUUAGUUAUACUGAAUCAAGUAUGACUGCAAACAAAAUUUCUCAGUGGCAUUCAGAAAUGAAUGGCGUCGUCAAAAGCGAUGAGCUGUUAUCGAUUUUACAAACUAAAGCAACAGUCAUUAUAUUUAUGGAUCGUCAAAUACUGUAUCCCUACAAUUGGGCAGUGUCGAUCGUGGAACAGACUAUCAUGGAAUACUAUGCAUGUGGCUCUAAUUUAACUGAUAAGCUGAGAUCAAGAUCAAGCAGAUUCAGUGCGUUAACCAAGGAAAGGAGUUAUAUGAUUGCAGCGAGUACCGUCAAGUGCCCAAAAAUUAUUGCGUAUGCCAAAGAAGUUCUCAAAUGCUGUUUGGCUGAGAAAACAUCUUUAAUAUCACACUGUUUUCAAUGUCGCUUUGUAGAGAGUUUUAAAAACAGCCGAAGCUGCAGUCGGCCUCCGUUAUUUGCUUUUAAAAACCGCACGCUUUUAUUUCACAAUUUUUUCUGCUUGAAUAUUGUUUCUGCGCUCAAAGAAGAAAAACUAUUGAAUACAUGCUGCGCACUCUUUUUCUCAAAGAAUUACGAAUGGAAUUCAUCACAGAGUACUUUUGAACAAUGUGCCAAGUAUAGACUUGCUCGAAAUCUUUACCGACGUAUUUCUGAUUCAUCUCCAUCAAUUCGUGAUGCAUUUGAUGAAACGUCGAUUGCUGGUCUGUCGUGUGAUAAAAAUAAUUCGCUUCGGUUUAUUGGUGUAGAUGCUCGAUACGAUGACAGUAUACUAAAGCGAUUAAAUAUACACUACACUGGCAAGCCUGUUGCAUUGAUUGUAGAUCCACGCACUGAAAGGGUUUUUCAUAUGCAAUCCGAAUUUUCGGGGCAAACUUUCCGCAAUUUUCUACUUGCGUAUCAUGUUGAAUCACUAAAACCUCAUCUGUUUUCACAAAAUGAACCGAACAGUACUGAGUCCGUUAAUAGUGACUUAUCAUUUUUAUCGAGCAUAUCUGGAAAAUCAUUUGCAGCAUUAGAUAGAAGACAUGAGGAUACUGUGAUAUUCUUCUCCGGAGGAAGCUGGCAUGGACCAAGUGCUUCUAUAAUUCAUAUUUUCCACACAGUCGCUCAUUAUUUUCAUCCAUUUGUCAAAUUGAUCAGAAUCGAUGUGUCAUUAAAUGAAUUGUCUUGGCAGUUCCAGAUGGAUACUUUACCAGCAGUUUUGUUUUUUCCGGCUGGAAGGCAAUCAUCCUCACGAUUUCCUGCUACAUUGCCAUUAACUGUUCCGAAUUUAAUAUCGUUUAUCGUCACCAAGUGUCAGAAAGAGUUACGUUGGCAACUGGCCUUGUCUUCUUGCUCAGCUGUGUGUCUCAAAAGAAAUUAUGAACGUUUGCUAAAGAUUUCUGGUUUAAUAAGAAACGACAUAACAUCAUUAAGAUUACAUGCGUUUUCCAACUAUCAUUAUUCUGUUCUUUUCCAACGUUUAGUGCUAAGGCGCUCAAAACAACUUCGUUAUACUCGGUGGCUUCUGAAAACAAUAUCGACGCCCAAGGUUUUUUGA